GUUGGACUGGUUGGGCUAGCGAUAGUUGUUCAACUGGCUGACAGGCAGCCUUCGCAGCUGAGACUUGUCUAUCAUUACUCAGAGCACCGAGAGCGUGUGACCGACUGGCUAUAUCUGGUUAGCUUUAGUUGUCGUGGUAAGAGAGGUACAACGGAAUAUAUUUAAGUGCAACAAAGAAGACAGUCGUUAGAUAUCCUCCACCUGUUAUUUGCUACAUCGAGGGGCUAAGUUAGCUAACAUCAACGUUAAGGUUGACUGUUAGCUCGCAUUAGCUAAUUGUGUUCGUUAAUGUCCCUGCUGCGUAUCAUUGCAAGAUUGUCAAAAUGUUGCAUUGAGUAAUGCACCGAGUGUUGAUAUUCAUGAUGGUGGUCUGGGGGGCGCACGGAUGCCCCAAUUCAGGCAACUGCCCCCCGACCCUGACGCCCAAUUCCACCUCCAAGGACUUCUGUUACUCCGCCCGAAUUCGCAGUACAGUGCUGCAAGGUUUACCUUUUGGGGGGGUGCCUACAGUCCUUGCCCUUGACUUUAUGUGCUUUUUGGGGCUGCUGGUUGUAUUCUCCUUCCUGAGAAAAGUAGCAUGGGACUAUGGGCGCCUCGCUCUGGUGACUGACGCUGACAGAAGAGUGGAUCAACGAUACAGUCGGCUGGAUGAUCGGGAAUAUGCCACUACCAUGACAUCAGAUGCAACAGAACGCUACGAACGCCUCACUUCAGUUUCCAGCUCUGUCGACAUCGAUCAGAGAGACACUGGCUUCUGCUCCUGGCUAACUGCCAUCUUCCGCAUCAAAGAUGAAGAGAUAAGGGAGAAGUGUGGGGAAGAUGCGGUCCAUUACCUUUCCUUUCAGCGACACAUCAUUGGCCUGCUGGUAGUGGUGGGCGUGAUGUCGGUGGGCAUCAUCUUGCCUGUUAACUUCUCUGGAAACUUACUUGAAAACAAUGCCUACAGUUUUGGGCGAACCACUAUAGCAAAUUUGGAUUCAGGAAAUGCACUAAUGUGGCUGCACACCAUCUUUGCAUUUCUCUACCUGUUACUGACCGUGUACAGCAUGCGACGGCACACCUCAAAGAUGCACUACAAGGAGGAUGACUUGGUGAAACGCACUUUAUUUGUCAAUGGGAUUUCCAAAUACGCAGAGGAGGCUGAGAUAAAGCAACACUUUGAGCAGGCGUAUGAAAACUGCGUUGUACUGGAGGCUCGUAUCUGUUACAAUGUGGCCAGGCUGAUGUACCUCAACUCUGAAAGGAAGAAGACGGAGCGCAGCAAGAAAUUCUUUAUUGACCUGCAUGCCAAGGAGCACAUUACCACCAUGAUCAAUCCAAAACCAUGCGGACAUCUUUGCUGUUGCAUUAUUAAAGGCUGCGAGCGGGAAGAGGCAGUGAGCUACUAUACCAAACUGGAGUCACAACUGAAAGAGGACUACAGGAAGGAGAAAGAAAAGGUGAACAGGAAGCCCCUGGGAAUGGCCUUUGUCACCUUCCAGAACGAGUCCAUCACUGCCAUAAUCCUAAAAGACUUUAACGCCUGCAAGUGUCAGGGCUGUCAGUGUCGCCGGGAGCCCAAGAGCUCUCAAUUCAACGGCAAGCUCCACACACACAACUGGACCGUCAGCUACGCCCCUGAUCCACAAAAUGUCUACUGGGAGCAUCUGUCAGUGGGAGGAGUCAUCUGGUGGCUCCGCUGCCUGAUCAUCAACAUUGUCCUCUUCCUCCUCCUCUUCUUCCUCACCACCCCGGCCAUCAUCAUCUCCACAAUGGACAAGUUUAAUGUUACCAAACCUGUGGAGUACCUAAAUAAUCCAAUCGUCACCCAGUUCUUCCCCACCCUCCUACUGUGGUCCUUCUCCGCCUUACUGCCAACCAUCGUCUACUACUCUGCCUUCUUUGAGGCCCACUGGACUCGGUCAGGAGAGAACCGGACCACAAUGCAUAAAUGCUACACUUUCUUGAUCUUCAUGGUCCUGUUGCUGCCCUCUCUAGGACUCAGCAGUUUGGAUGUUUUCUUCCGCUGGCUUUUUGACAGAAGAUUCCUGGCAGAUGCUAAAGUUAGAUUUGAGUGUGUGUUCCUUCCUGAUAAUGGAGCCUUCUUCGUGAAUUAUGUCAUUGCGUCUGCGUUCAUCGGUAAUGCCAUGGAUCUGCUGCGGAUCCCCGGUCUGCUCAUGUACAUGAUCCGCCUCUGCCUGGCUCGCUCUGCAGCAGAGAGGAGGAACGUCAAGAGGCACCAAGCCUAUGAGUUUCAGUUCGGGGCAGCCUAUGCCUGGAUGAUGUGCGUCUUCACUGUAGUAAUGACCUACAGCAUCACCUGCCCCAUCAUUGUCCCCUUUGGGCUGAUGUACAUGCUGCUGAAACACCUCGCGGACAGGUACAACAUGUACUACGCAUAUCUGCCGUCCAAACUGGACAAGAAGAUCCAUUCUGGAGCAGUCAACCAAGUGGUGGCUGCUCCUAUUCUCUGUCUCUUCUGGCUUCUGUUCUUCUCCACUAUGCGCUCCGGAUUUUCAGCGGCUACAUCCAUGUUCACGUUCGUAGUUCUGGUCAUCACAAUCAUUAUCUGCCUCUCUCACGUCUGCUUCGGACACUUUAAAUAUCUCAGUGCUCACAACUACAAGAUCGACGACCAGGAGAUAGACGGGCAGUUGGAGAACGGGCGUCCGCCAUGCGUUACUACAACCAACAAAGCAGGACAAAUGUACAUAGCUGAGGUUCUCCAAGACCCAAAUUCAGAGGGGGGGUCAGGCAGUGGAGAGGAAGAUGGCCAGGGGUCCUCGCAGGACGAGGAAAUAAUCAAUGUGGAAAAUGGCUUGAAUGAGGACUUCCAGUCUGAUCCAGUUACUAGCAUUGUCAGGCCUCCGUCAGAGCUAUAGUAACUUCCAGAUCUGCCUCAGCCAUAUCAAACAGCUUCUUUUCAGGAACCAGGUAGACUCGGACAACAUCACAAACACAAUUUAACAAAUUAUAAUUUAAAAACAAAGUGCUUACACAGUUAGGACCUUACUCAGGAUUUAUCAAGCUUUUUGUUUUUGUCAUUUCAGUUUUUCCUAAGUAAAGAUGACACCAUGAGCUUCCCUAAAAAAAGGAUUGUUGGUAGAGCAAGGCUGCAGACAAAGCACCACUAUAGUGUGUCACUGUGGAUGAAUUGUUGUUUUUGGGCCAUUUAUAUAAAACUUAUUAUCCAGAUGCUCAGAGAACCAAUGUGGGAAAUGUGCACUAAUCUCACUUUCACUUGUAUGAUUGACAGAGAAGGGCCCGCCCCCUGUGGGUGUAAUGAUGACAAUGGUGAACCUAAAAUGUUUCCAUAAUUUUUCCAUGGGUAUAUUGGCACCAUAUAUGGGUAAAUUAUUAUGGUACUAACAAGAGAGUUGUUUGACACCCUUGAGUCUGGUGCUCUUCUAGUCAUGAUAAGGUGAUUUUAUUUUUAUACCUCUUCAUUUUUAUACCUCUGAGAUGUCAUGAAAUCUCUAAAUGUGUCCUGUCUAAAUCUAAAUCCACUGCCCGGCUCGGAGAGAAAUACCUAAAAAUCGUAUAAUGUCUAAUAUCUGCAGUGUUUAAACGUUGAAUGUAGGUUCAUUUCAAACCUUUUGGUAAGUUAAGUGCGAUCGCUGUAUUUACACAGCUUCAACAGGAGGGUUCACUAUAGCUAACCAGCAAUUAAAGUGUCAUACUACAGAA